AUGGCUAUAAACGGCGUAGGAGAUGUUAUUGCUUUGGUUCAGAUCACCACACAGGCAGCAAAGACACUUCACGCUGCUGCGCAUGCCCCAUACGAGAUCAGGCGCUUUAUCCAGGAGACAGACCGAUACCAAUCAUGCGUGGGGAUAGCUGCGAGCAGACUACGCCGGCAUGGUGCCAUUUUGAAGGACCAUGCUGACGUGAAGAGCAAUAUCCAGGGUAUGCUUGAACAGUGUGCAGAGACGACCAGGAAAUUGAGAAAGAUCGCGACGAGGUAUGAGCACAUUGUGAAAAGAAAGGGAGCGGCCACUGGAGCAGACGCUGCCUGGCUUCAAUGGAUCGAAGCAUUCAAGACAGUUUACCAGACGAUCGAGUGGACCACCAAAGGCGUCGUGGUCGAAGGCCUCCGAGCAGAACUGUCACGGCAUAUUCAGAUGCUAACCUGGCUGGAAAAUGGACUGCUCUCCGAACAGGUUGGUCAACUUUCAGUCCAGGUUAGCAACAUGCAUGACAUGCUCGCCUUUGCAAUGUCAAGCCCGUCUCCCACCCCGUUGUCAAGUCCCUUUGGCCCAUCACCUAAUCCGACGUCACCAUCGAUCACGGUAAGGGGUUCUGGAAGCCAGGUUAAUUCUCCAGAACUUGCAUCAACUACGCAAGCUCAACCUAUGGCUCCUCUGUGGCUGCCAGGUCCAACAUUCGACAUUGAUGAUUACGACUUUGGACAGGACAUUGAGGUCCAGUUGGUACUGCCAGAAAGUUUUGUGGGCGUCACCCCUGGCGAUCAGUAUCGCCACGUCAAGCUCGCGUCCAUCAAAGAACAGAAGGAAUUCGUUGAAAAUCUUACUGCCCAUACUAGCUUCACCGAAAUUCGCGUCGAGUCGGUCCACUUUGUCUGGCGGAAGCCUGGAGCUUCAGAUGGAGUUUUGAUAGAGGCCAGCGAUUCGGGCAGAGUGCUACUCGUUAAGAAUGGGGCAGCCGUGGAGGAUAUUUGGACCGUGAACGACAAGAGAACGAUACGGUUCAGGCAACGAGUGCCCACCUGGGAAUACAUUAUUCCAUACUCAAUCAACGGCGACGAACUUACGGCUGUCGUCGAGCAAGGGGAGGGUUUGACCUUCUUCACAAUUGAAGAGGGUCAGCGGCGGGAUCAUCCGAGGAUUCCAACUACGUGGGUCCAGUACAAGUUCAAGAGUGUACCUGAUUGCGAGCUGUUCCAGCAGGUUGUCUAUGGGUCCACUCUUCGACUUCUGGUACCUGUGACUGAGAUUUGUCGGCCACAUCGAGGAAGAGACGAUGAUCGCCUGGUAGGCUUCGAGAACGUCCGGGUCUGGGAGAUGCAGUCGGAGAUGCGAUUCAUGGUGCAUUUAAUCCAGGAAAAAGGGAAGCGGCGGAAGAAAUACCUGGAAUUCAACCUGUGUCAAGACAGCAUCAAGAUCGAGAGCAAAGGGACCGGCCGCAAAUCCACGCUAUUAUUGACCGGUAUCCAUGCUCCAAUCGACGAGAUGGAAUUUCAGAGGAGAGCGUCCACGUCGACCCUGAACUCGGACUCAACCCUGGGUCCGACAAAGUCACUAACGAGACGUUUCUCCUGGGAUCGAAGUCUGCCCUACCUGGACAAGGCGGAAAUCUAUUUCAGACAACAAGAAGACCGUGAUAGUCUCCUCCACCUUGCACUGAGCUGUCGACCAAACAGGAAGAAGAGCGGGUGA